ACGCGCAAACUACACUUGAUCAACAGGCGCGUCGAAAUAGCACUGGGUAACGAGAGACCUAGACUGUAAUACGUUUUUUUCCAGAUGCCUAAAAAAGAUGGUUAUUUAGUUCUUUAGUUAAUUAGCUCUUACCCAGUGAAGUCGGUUAUUCUUUUAUUCAACAAUGCUCUCGUUUCUCCAAUCUUUCUUCAAAUCUCUGGGAUACGAAGACUAUUUCAAACCCAUUGCCCCAUCUAGUCCACGAUUCUUCACAAAAUACUGUAAUGAAACUCAAAAGAAGAUUACAAUUGUGAUUGAUAGUAACAAUAUCAUUCGUCCCUUCGUUUUUGAUGAGUCCAAUGAACGUGAGCCGCUUUUUGUUGCACAUUUGGGAUGCUCGGAGUGCAUGAGAUGGAAUCGAAUGUAUGGAGAAAACAUUGCUGAGAAUAAUGAGCCGGAAACCGAUUCUGAAGACGAAACAGAUUAUGAAAGUGAAACCUCCGAUUCUGAACUUGGGCAAGACUCACCGAAUCCGAAUCUCUCAGAAGCCUUAAACAAUUGUAUUGAAAAUUUUGACCAACUGGUCGAUGAAGUUGUAAGACACAAGGAUUUCCACGAAAGAUCUCAGCUCUUGAGAGUUCUCGAAGAAUGCCUAGGGAAUAUGAACAGUUUCCUUCAAAAUGAAAACUUGACUGUCGACGAUAUUUCGACUGGUGCCUGUGCACUGUUGAACGAGACGGCGGAAAAGCUGAAGCAGAUGUUCAGCUCGAGUGGGAUCUCAGGUCGGAAGGAGAGUUCAGAAGGGACCAACAAGGAUCUCAUUAAAUUUGGGGAGUUGGAGAUCAGAGGUGAUGAAGAGGAGGAUGAUGACGACGAGUCUUACGUGGAAGGUGAAGAAGAAGAUAGUUCUGACGAGGACUUGGACGAUGAAGAUCAGGAAGGAGAGUCCUCAAUUGAGCCAAGGCUCUCAGAAACUUUCAAAAAAUCGGAAGCUCGAGAAUCGCUGAGCUCAAAAGAAGCUCCAGUUAAGGACCUAGUUAUCUAUCAAAAAUUCAGAGAUGAGCAUGAAGACUUAGAAGAGUCCGAGAAUGAGCCCAGAAUGAGUGAUGAAGCGGAAAAGUUAGUGGAAGACAAAAUAAUUGAAGAAUCCGAUGAAGAUUCUUUUGAUAUAAUUGGGAGAGAUGAAGAAUUGGAUGAUGACUCCAAUGGCAAAGAAGAGGAAGAACUAGAGCUUGAUGUAACGCAGGAAGACUCGGAAGAUGAUGAACAAUUUUUUUCUCUCUGAAAAUGUUUUUUUGCUCAACUUAAAUACGUGAUAAUAAAUCUGCUAACGACC